AUGUCGAUCCUGUUGUUAGACGUGGUGGAACGAGGUUAUAAUAUGUCUGACAAGUAUUAUGAUCUAGUUUUAAGUUCAUUAGCUCGAUUAAAAGACGAGUUAUAUGUAAUUGAUAAAAAACGUUAUAAGCUAAAAGCUGAAAUACGUCGUUUGUCAGGUGAAUAUCAAAGUCCUAUUUAUAUGGCAAAUGAUGGUACUGCUAUUAGAGCAGUUACUAAUGCUGUUAAUGAUAUUAAGGACAAUCCUGUUAAGGAAAAUUAUAAAGAUAAGCAAUUAUAUUGUUUAGCUUUUAACCCACCUAUAGCAGAGUCUUGUCCUACUGGUGAUGGUUUUGAGCCUGUAUUUGAGCUUCAAGUUGACAAGAAAGGUGUUAAAGAUCUUGUUGAAGUAGUUACAAAUACAUUUGGUGAUAUUUGGAAUCGUAUUACUGGUAAAACUCAACAAAUGGAUUUUGAAGAUUAUUUAUCUUCAUCAGCACAUCAAAGAGAAGUUGCUGAUCUUGAAAAAGCUGGUCUUAAUCCAGUGUUGAGUGCUACUGGUGGUUAUGGUGCAGAUUCUCCUAGUGUUUCAGGUUCUAGUGGUAAUUUAAUUUCUACUGCUACUGGUAUUGUAUCUAGUGCUGCUAGUUUAAUGGAAUCUGUCAAUCAUAAAGACGCUAAUGAGAAAAAUCGUCAAUUAAAUCAUGAUUCUGCUUAUGAGCAAUAUCGUGAUCGUAAAAUUACAAAUGAUUUGUACAAUAAAGUUGGUGAAUAUCAAAGUCCUAUUUAUAUGGCAAAUGAUGGUACUGCUAUUAGAGCAGUUACUAAUGCUGUUAAUGAUAUUAAGGACAAUCCUGUUAAGGAAAAUUAUAAAGAUAAGCAAUUAUAUUGUUUAGCUUUUAACCCACCUAUAGCAGAGUCUUGUCCUACUGGUGAUGGUUUUGAGCCUGUAUUUGAGCUUCAAGUUGACAAGAAAGGUGUUAAAGAUCUUGUUGAAGUAGUUACAAAUACAUUUGGUGAUAUUUGGAAUCGUAUUACUGGUAAAACUCAACAAAUGGAUUUUGAAGAUUAUUUAUCUUCAUCAGCACAUCAAAGAGAAGUUGCUGAUCUUGAAAAAGCUGGUCUUAAUCCAGUGUUGAGUGCUACUGGUGGUUAUGGUGCAGAUUCUCCUAGUGUUUCAGGUUCUAGUGGUAAUUUAAUUUCUACUGCUACUGGUAUUGUAUCUAGUGCUGCUAGUUUAAUGGAAUCUGUCAAUCAUAAAGACGCUAAUGAGAAAAAUCGUCAAUUAAAUCAUGAUUCUGCUUAUGAGCAAUAUCGUGAUCGUAAAAUUACAAAUGAUUUGUACAAUAAAGUUGGUGAAUAUCAAAGUCCUAUUUAUAUGGCAAAUGAUGGUACUGCUAUUAGAGCAGUUACUAAUGCUGUUAAUGAUAUUAAGGACAAUCCUGUUAAGGAAAAUUAUAAAGAUAAGCAAUUAUAUUGUUUAGCUUUUAACCCACCUAUAGCAGAGUCUUGUCCUACUGGUGAUGGUUUUGAGCCUGUAUUUGAGCUUCAAGUUGACAAGAAAGGUGUUAAAGAUCUUGUUGAAGUAGUUACAAAUACAUUUGGUGAUAUUUGGAAUCGUAUUACUGGUAAAACUCAACAAAUGGAUUUUGAAGAUUAUUUAUCUUCAUCAGCACAUCAAAGAGAAGUUGCUGAUCUUGAAAAAGCUGGUCUUAAUCCAGUGUUGAGUGCUACUGGUGGUUAUGGUGCAGAUUCUCCUAGUGUUUCAGGUUCUAGUGGUAAUUUAAUUUCUACUGCUACUGGUAUUGUAUCUAGUGCUGCUAGUUUAAUGGAAUCUGUCAAUCAUAAAGACGCUAAUGAGAAAAAUCGUCAAUUAAAUCAUGAUUCUGCUUAUGAGCAAUAUCGUGAUCGUAAAAUUACAAAUGAUUUGUACAAUAAAGUUGGUGAAUAUCAAAGUCCUAUUUAUAUGGCAAAUGAUGGUACUGCUAUUAGAGCAGUUACUAAUGCUGUUAAUGAUAUUAAGGACAAUCCUGUUAAGGAAAAUUAUAAAGAUAAGCAAUUAUAUUGUUUAGCUUUUAACCCACCUAUAGCAGAGUCUUGUCCUACUGGUGAUGGUUUUGAGCCUGUAUUUGAGCUUCAAGUUGACAAGAAAGGUGUUAAAGAUCUUGUUGAAGUAGUUACAAAUACAUUUGGUGAUAUUUGGAAUCGUAUUACUGGUAAAACUCAACAAAUGGAUUUUGAAGAUUAUUUAUCUUCAUCAGCACAUCAAAGAGAAGUUGCUGAUCUUGAAAAAGCUGGUCUUAAUCCAGUGUUGAGUGCUACUGGUGGUUAUGGUGCAGAUUCUCCUAGUGUUUCAGGUUCUAGUGGUAAUUUAAUUUCUACUGCUACUGGUAUUGUAUCUAGUGCUGCUAGUUUAAUGGAAUCUGUCAAUCAUAAAGACGCUAAUGAGAAAAAUCGUCAAUUAAAUCAUGAUUCUGCUUAUGAGCAAUAUCGUGAUCGUAAAAUUACAAAUGAUUUGUACAAUAAAGUUGGUAAUUUAAUUUCUACUGCAAAAGCUAUGUUAUCAUAUAAUUAG